AAGUCAUUUGUUAGGGGUUUCAACUUUUUCAAAAUUUCCGUUUCUUGCUCAUAAAUUCUUGAUUAAAAAAAAAUAAGUUAAAUUAAAAACUGAGAUAAAUUUGCUGCUGUUGCGCUCCGUAGAAGAUUUUUGUGACGCUAUCUGGAAACUUGUUUUUAAUGGGUCUUGUAAUUAACUUAAAUGAGUAAGAUUUACAGGUUACCGUCAUCUGGGGCGAAUCGGGACUACAGUCUGAAUAGGGACAGCAGUGUUUAGUUUUUGGUUUUAGUUGUUUGGUUUUAAAUUUGGAAAUGGAUGUACACAUUUUGUUGGUCUGUUCUAUCCGAAACCAACCAGAAAAAUCAAAAUAUUGUGCUCUAACAUGGUUAAAACUGCUGUCCCAAUUCGCCCCAUGUGCCCCAAUUCGCCCCAGUUGACGGUACUAACUAAACGAACACAACUGUUUUUGUCAGCUUGUACGUUAUAUUUAGCUCCUAUCAGAGAAUUAUCCCCAGAAACACGUGAACUUUUCAAAAAUAUUUAAACAGGGCGGAAUGGUUUUUCUCCAAAGUUUGUAUGGACAAUUAGUGCUGUUCGCUACUCCCACAUAUUGCAUGCAAAACUUGGUUGUAUGCACCUGCGACAAACCGCCCUAAUUCUCCAUACAACCUUUGUAGAAAAACCAUUCGGCCCUGUCAAGUGCACGUAUUUUUCUGCAAUUUUUGUAGGUCAGUGUAAUCGAAUCUUCGGAUAAUCGAAUCACGAAAAUAAUAUUUUUUUCAUUGCUUUUUUUGGCUAUCGAAUUUUAGUAUGACCCCUUAACUACUCUAAAGUUAACAUGGCGGCCAAAAUGGCGGUGAUGAAACAUUUGAAAAAAUGCAUUUUUAUAAUUAAAAGGCAUAACUAAAAAAAAAACAGGAAAAAACCUUUUGUGUUCGUAAUUUGAUUAUCCGUAGUCCCAUACAAACCUUCGGAUAAUCGAAUCUGGACUGUAUACACUUUUAUAUUUUUUUAUUUAACUUAAACUUUGUGGGUAAUUUUCUAUGACCAAAUAAGUCCGUUUAACUCAUUGGUUUUAUAAAAGGGGCCUUUCAUAAACUACAUAGAUAUUUUUUGGUUCAUUAUACGAAUCCGGAAUAUGAUGUACUUUAUUCAAAAGUUCUAAAAUAAAAAAAAAUAAAAAAAAAAAUUAAUGCACAUUGAUUACGAUAUGCAUAACGCUUCUGCUAACACCAUGUAGAAACUAAUUUUUUAUUGAUAUAUUCUGAAUAAAGAUUUGAAUGUUUUUUUUCUGAAACAAAGAUGGCUGAAAAGUAAGCAUUUGGGAAUGAUACCAUUUACAGCCUCAAUACAGCCUUUUUGCUUCAACUAGAAAAAUAAAACCUCAAUAAAUAAGAAAACCUGAGUUAAAAGAUGCCUGAUAUUACUAUCGAAUCAAAAAUUCCGACCUAGACAUCAUACGAAUGUUUCCCAUCAUCAAAUAGGUCAGGGCACUGUUGUCUAAUCGAUUAAUGAUUUCAUUCUAUCCAAAAUUUCCUUAUCACUUUUUAUAAGCCUCCAAACGAGCGUAGGUGCAUCGAAAAACAUCAACGCCUAUUGACCGCGGGACCGGCCGUAAAUUAAUCAAACAAUCAUCGCCUCGAGAGUUUGUCCACUCUGACAAAUUCUCCUCAAGAGGGAAGCAAACAAACACAAGCUGGAGGAGUGUGAGUGGGAUGAAUUCGGGGUUGCUGCCUGUCGGCAAGUAGCAUUCAGUUUUAAGUUCACUUUGAGCGAUAAGAUCAGCUAGUGAUUUCUUUUAGUUGUCGAAUUAAGACAGUGUCGAAUAAAUUGUUUUGGAUUAAAACACUACACUACACAGCAAAAAAUCCGAUGAUAAAAUCGCAUGCAAAAGCAUGUACAUCUCCAUUGUGAAAAAAGACACUUAACACACUGCAUGUACAGAAAAAGAAGUUGCAACCGACGGGAUUCAAACCUAGCACCAACGGUAAGCACUGGCGCUUUAGCCCCCUCGACCAUCAGACCGAUGAAGAAUGGAAAGGAUAAGCGCAUAUAUCUCGGAUCCCCCCGAAAUCAUGGACGAAGACACCCUCAUCUGCGCCCGAGCCACCAGUGUUAUCAAGUGCUGCAAGCUUCCCCGGCUAACGCACAGUCUGGACGAGGGACCACUCCGUCCGGAAAGCUUCCGGGAAUUCCUCUCUGUUUUAAACGAUACACUUGCGAAUGUAUUCGACCUGCUGGCAUCUUACGAGAACCAACUGGUUUGCUAUGACGAGUUCAAUGCGGACAACGCCGUAUUCCGGUUGAAUUUGGUUCUCGUCCUGGCUGAACAGCUUGCUGUUCCGGGCGAGGUUUACGACUUUCAGACGGAAAAUGUGUCCUAUCGCCAGCGAAUUGAGCAGAUUUUUGCGGGUGGGCUGUUGGAGCGCAUUCUGCUUGAGGACGGAGGUUACCGGUUGCGGGAACAACUGUGGGCACACUUCCGGAAAGUUCUACCAGGAAAUGAGUGGAUGUUCCAUCCGGGUGAUGUCGUCAGCUUUGUACGGCUAUGUGAGUUUCUGUACGGAGGCUUCCUGGAGCAAGUUCAGGAAUUUCCCCAGGAUUUGGCUUCGUUCGUCCUAGCCAUAGGUAUCGCUCUGGUAGAAUAUCACGAUCCAGAGUACGAAUUACUUGGAUUGAGGUUGUUCAAUGUCUUGCUCGGGUCGCAACAUUCCACUCUCAUGAAAGAGACCAACAUUCACGAGGUAGUGUACCAGCACGCCAUCCGAUUGACCGCCAAGGCGAAAGGAGAACGCCUCGUGCGAGAAUUGUGGCGCUGUCACUACCAGUACGUGCAGUUGGCGGAAGUCGGACGCAAAGAUUUUAGCGAGUGGUCUAAAAUGGACGACCUCGUUGAAUCUCUGCUGGACGCCCUCUCCUUCGAGCAGAACCUUGAGCUGUCCUCGAUCCUGCUACUGUAUCUACUGAAAUUCCUUACCCUCGACAUCAAAAACAUUCUAAUCGACGACCUUGACGACGUUCAGGCCGUCGACAGCAAGUGCCACCUGUACGAACCGGUCCUGGAGCAGUUACGAAAGCUGUGCGCCCUGGAGUUCCACAACCGGCGGUUCUACCGGUGGAACCGACGUUUAGUUGCCAUGCUACCGUUCGAGCUGGAGAAAGCUUGCGGCAACGAUCGCAUCCACGGCAAGUACAUGCACGGCGUCAACCUGCUGUUUGUCCUCACCGUAUUUCCCGUGGAACCGGAAGCGUGCGCCAAGUCACCUGAAGUACAGUCAACUCUGCUGGAUUUUGUAAUCGCGUUCAAGCGUCACCUGCGCGAGCAGUACGGACGUAUUCAGGCGCUGACCGGUCGGUGUGACUUUUUGCACUCGCUUAAGGCGACCAUUUCGUGCGACAAGUCGAUUGCCGUUUUUGGGCGAAACGUGGCUCGGAAAUAUUUCACGGACAAUUUGGAUGCGUUGGCUGGGACGGGUCUAGACGGGGAUGAAUCGUAUCAAGAGGACCGGAUAUUUUACGAGUGUUUGAAGGAACUACAGUCCGGGAACGUUGGAUUGGGUGGAUUGUUUUAAAUUAAACAGGUGUUGUAAAUGUUCAGCAACAAAUGAGUAGAGGUUAAUAAUUGAGAAAGA